UGAUCCGGUCGAAGGAGAGAGAUGAGCUACGGUGGAAGUCAAAGAAGAAUGUGUCGUCCAUUGGCGUUAUUCGUUGUUUGCGCUGCUUUUGCAGCAGGAGUUCUUGGGGACCGUCUGACAGUGUUGAAGGCACCCCAGUAUGUGACCUUUCAAGAGGGAGACUGGCCUGUUUCUGGGGAGAAGGUCCCCGACCUGGUGGCCCUGACCAUGGGGUUUUCCGUGGAGGAUGAGCUCGGCUGGCCCGGCCUACAGGCAGGCUCUCUGUUCCAGCGACCUCAGGCCAGCAUCCUGGUGGUGGUGAGAGGCGUGGACAGCCUGGAUCUGCCCCAGAGCUCAGUGUCCUACCCGCUGGAGAAUCCAGUGCCGUUCACCCUGGACAGUGUGGCCAACACCAUGCACACGCUCUUCCAGGAGGACACGCCUGUGGUCCUGCAGCUGGCACCCAGCGAAGAGAGGCUGUACAUGGUGGGGAAGGCCAACACGGUGUUCGAGGACCUCCCCGUCACCCUGCAGCAGAUCCAGGGACGCCUGACUCAGGACGGCUCUAUCCUCAAGUCCCUGCCCCACAGCUCCCUCAGGCGGAACAAUGAGGCUGACCUGCUCUUCCUGUCCGAGUUGCAGGUGCUGCAUGACAUUGCUGCUUUGCUGCUGAGGCACAAGCACCUGGCCAGAGACCACUCCCCUGACCUUUUCUCCCUGGAGCUGGCUGGGCUGGAGGAGAUCAGCCGUCGCUACGGCACGGACUCCCCGCAGUUCCGCGACGCCACCCAGAUCCUGGCCGGUGUCCUGCAGAAGUUCGCAGACGACAUGUCCAGCAUCUACAGCAACAACGCGGUGGUGGAGGUAGUGACGGUGAAGAGCUUUGAGGCACCCCUCACCAGGAAGUCCCGCUCCAUUCUGGAGUCGAAGCAGAUCAGCAACCCCGGGAGCCCUUACAACCUGGCCUACAAGUACAACUUUGAAUAUGCUGUGGUGUUCAACAUCGUGUUGUGGCUGAUGAUUGUCUUGGCCCUGGCUGUCAUCGCCAUCGCCUACAACCUGUGGAACAUGGACCCGGGCUAUGACAGCAUCAUCUACAGGAUGACCAAUCAAAAGAUCCGCCUGGACUAAGAGCCGACCCCUUUACAUUUCCAUUGAGUUGUUGUUGCUCUUCUUUGUUGUUGUUGU